UCAACUAUCUUCACUUUGAAGAAAGAAUUUAUAUUAUGCUGGAGUUCCUACCUCAAAUCCUUUUUUUUUGAAUCUAUUUUUGGUUAUUUGGCUGUCUGUGUUGUCCUUAAAUGACUUAACGACUGGUAUCAAGUCCAGCAAUCUCCUCCUAGUCUACUGAACAUGUUGAUUUAUAUGUUUCUGCCCCCUGGUGUUGUCCCCCCUGACCAAGCAUUGUUUUCUCAUCAAAAGUUUGUGCAAAUCACGCUGCUUGUAUUAGCAUAUAUUUAUGUUCCAUGUAUGUGGCUUUCUAGACCUUUCUAUCUCAGAUAUAAGCAUCAAAAGCAAAAUGCGUUACUUACAUCAACACAGUCGUUUGAUUUUAUUCAGGUAUUGAUAUACCAGACAAUCCAUACCAUUGAAUUCUGCUUAAAUUGUAUAUUCAACACUGCUUCUUAUCUUCGUCUUUGGGCUUUGUCUCUUGCACACGCACGUAAGUAAAUAAAGAUGCGCAGUUUAAUUUAUGCACAACUUAUGUCCUACCUGCAAGAAU